UAGUGCAUUUUUGUGCAGUUUCGUGAUAGCCUUGUCUCAAGGACGUAUACAGAAGUCUCGAUUUCAACUGCAUCAUGCGUUGGAGUCUCCCAUUUUACACUGAGUAUAAAAGGCGUUGCUCACGAUAUCACAUAGCACAGUCACACUGAACCUCCUGAACCUGAACCAGUAAACAAUCCUGCUCCAAUAAUGGCGUUCAAAUUCGUUCUGCUCGCUACUCUGGUAGCUGCCGCCAGCGCUGGUCUGCUUCCUGUGGCCCAUCAUGGAUCAAUCGCUACGUCUCACUCCACCAUCCAGCACCAUGCUGCUCCCGCUAUCCAACAUGUCGGAUCGGUCCACGCCGCUCCGGCUAUCUACCAGCACUCGGCGCCGGCUAUCGUCAAGACCAUUGCUCAGCCCACGAUCAUCAAGUCUGUAGAGCACCACGCUCCGGCCAACUACGAGUUCUCGUACUCCGUCCAUGACGAGCACACCGGAGACAUCAAGAGCCAGCACGAAACUCGCCACGGAGACGAAGUCCACGGACAGUACUCGCUGUUGGACUCCGACGGUCACCAGCGCAUCGUCGACUACCAUGCUGAUCAUCACACCGGAUUCAACGCCGUCGUGCGCCGUGAGCCCUCGGCUGUAAAGAUCGCUCAGCCCGUGCACAAGGUGAUCGCCCAGCCCGUGCAUGUGUCCAGCUAUGCCCAUGCUCCAGUAGCUCACGCCACUGUCCAGCACCACCAUGCUGCCCCAAUCGCGCACUACUCCGCACCAAUCGCGCACCAUACUGCUCCGAUCGCGCACUACGCUGCCCCGAUCGCGCACCACGCUGCUCCGAUCGCGCAUUCAACCUCCAGCAUCGUCCGUGGACCGAGCCAUCUAAGCCACCAUCAUUACUAAACGCCAGUUUUGUACGAUCUAGAUUAAAACUUGUUAGUAAAAAUAAAUUGCAUUCAUACAUUUUAAACCAGCUCUAAGUAUAACUCUCUAAGCUCGGAAGCUAAAAUCACGUACUUCGGCUUCGCAGCGGC